AUGUCUCCAUUAUCCCCGCCUACUCUUGUUGCUGCUGUGAGCAACAACGGUGGUCUUGGUUCGAUAGCUGGUGCAAGAUCGAAUAGAAGUCAAUUACAACGUGAAAUUGCUGAAGUUCGUCGACGUACAAAUAGACCGUUUGCCGUAAAUCUCUUCGUCCCACCAGAGCGACCAGAAAACUACACUAAAGCAGACAUCAAACGAAUAACACAUGUGCUCCGACGUAUUCGAAAAAGACUAAACGCAACAACUUUAAUCAAUAUACCCAACUUCGUCAAGGAGCCGCUGAGCAAAUUGUUCAAGGAGCAGGUACAAGUGUUGCUAGAUGAACGGGUGCCUGUGUUUAGUUUCACGUUUGGUCGCCCGUCUGCAGACAUUAUUAAAAAAUUCAAAGAUCUCAAAAUAAAAAUAGUUGGAACAGCGACGACUCCGGCUGAAUGCGUCGAAUUGAAAAGAAUCGGAUGUGAUGCGAUUUGUGUGCAGGGUACUGAAGCAGGCGGUCACCGUGGCUCGUUUUUAGUCAAAGAUAAGGAAAUUAAUGCGAAGGCUGACUUCGGUUUAUUCGCGUUACUAUCACAGUGCCGAAAACUUGUUAAUGGCACACCAUUAAUUGCUGCUGGUGGAAUCAUGGACGGUCAAGACAUGGUAAGCGCAAUUCACCAGGGAGCGUCAGCGAUUCAAAUGGGAACAAAGUUCCUCACCUCUCAGGAAAGUACACUUAUACCACCGAUACAUAAAGAACUCUUACUUCGCCCGGGAAAAAAUCCAAAUAAUGUAUCGCUAAUUCAAGACACAGUACUCACGGAUAUCUACACGGGUAAGCCGGCACGCGGCAUUUACACCAAACUAAUUGAAACAUUCAAUGACAUCCACUCACUGCCCUGGGAUAUUCAAUCACAGUUUGUGGGAGUAGUUCGCCAUUAUGCCGCCAGGAUCAAUCAUACCGAUUACAUGCAGUUAUGGGCAGGAAAAAAUUAUGCAAAAGCUGAAGAUAAACCAGUUAAAAGAAUAAUUCAAGACAUUUUAGAAGAGGCAGAAAAAUUUAUAAGACGAUGA